GAACCCCUUGAUUGGGUUAUGUUGCUGUCAGGGUCAGAGGUUUGCGAUGGGGCAUCAGAUGCGGAUUAAAAAAAGAAAGUGUGUUACGUUGACGGGGAGAAAGUGUCAAUGAUGUUCUCCUAUUGCAACCGCAGCAGUUCAUGAUUACACUGGAUCUGGCCAACAGUGUGUACCAGACCAGCUCGUCGUUAGUCGGUGCUUGUAGAUGCACUGCUGCAACCGCUAUGCUACAAGUCCGGCGGCUAAACGGUUGCUAAUCAGCUUGCUUGGUUACGUUAUGUGUCGCGAUGCUUCGGCUAUAGCAUCAUAAUAUCCGGCUUUAGGAUAAUCACGACUGGGCAGGCACCGUCCCGCUGUCACAAUGUAUCGACAACCGACGGGAACAACAGACCACGAAGCCAGUCGGGAGGAUAUGAUAGUUAGCGUUAGCAGGGCUACGCCUCGCUCGGUCUAACUGUCGCCUACAGCCACUGUCAGGGAAAAACAGCGCGAGGAGAAGCCAACCGUCCAGCGCGAGCGACCUCGCUAGUUGGCGAUCAUUCUUUUAGACGGUGACUGACGUCCCGUAACCAUGGCUGGGGACCUCCAGGCCAAGUACAGCAAGUUAGCGCAGGAGUACUCCAAGCUCCGGGCCCAGAACCAGGUGCUAAAGAAGGGAGUUGUGGAUGAACAGGCCAACUCGGCCUCGCUGAAGGACCAGCUGAAGCAGCGGGACCAGAGCCUGAGGAAGGUGGAGCAGGAGAUGGACAGUCUGAGCUUCAGGAACCAGCAGUUGGCCAAGAGGGUAGAGCUGCUUCAGGAGGAGCUGGUCACCAGUGAAGCCAAGAGCAAAAAGGGCAAGAGUAAAGGAGACUCUCCGUCACAGCAGGGCCUGCAGACCCAGAGUGUCUUCGACGAGGACCUGCAGAAGAAGAUCCAGGAGAACGAGAGGCUACACAUUCAGUUCUACGAGGCCGGUGAACAGCACCGGCAUCAGGAGGGCCAGAUGCGGGCGCGUCUGGAGGAGCUGGAGAGCCAGUCGGCACAGCACCAGGCGGUGGUGGACGGCCUCAACGCCAGGUACACAGAGGCUGUGGAGAGGCUGCAGACCGACAAGGCCCGCAUGGAGACGAAAAGCCAGACUUUGGAGCAUGAAUCUAAAGAGUGCAGGAUGCGGGCAGAAGAGUGUCAGCAGCAGUUGCGGCGUUGCCAGGCUGAGCUGAGCAGGCAGCUGAAGCAGAGCAGCAGUGUCAUCCAGGAGAAAGUGCCCUUUAACGACACCAAAUUAAGCGACUUCAACAGCCUGAACGUUCCAGCGCACAAUCGAAGGCACCAGCUGAAGGCUCGUGACUUGGCGGGCCAGGCUCUGGCCUUCGUGCAGGACCUGGUGGCCGCGCUGCUCAACUUCCACUCGUACACGGAGCAGAGAGUCCACAUAUACCCCCGCGACUCCUCCAUCGAGCCCAUCUCCCCGCUCAACCAGAAGUUUUCCCAGUAUCUGCAUGAGAACGCAGCCUACGUGCGCCCCCUAGAGGACGGCUUGCUGCAACUGCACCAGAGCAUCACAGAGGACACCGUCACCGUGCUGGAGACCGUAGGAAAGCUGAAGCUCUUCGCCGAUCACUUCUCCGCGUACUCUCACUUCCUGCAGAAGAUUCUGCCUUACCAGCUGAAAAGCCUUGAAGAGGAGUGCAACGCACCUUUCUGCACCGCCGCCCUUACUGCCAAAAACCGCGAGCUCCAGAGUGACGUGACGUGCAUCACAACGCAGUUUGACAAGCUCAGCAACUACAUCAACCUCUUGGCCUUACCCAGCGUUCGGCAGGACGCUCUGCCACAGACCAGCAUGUCUGCCGUCUUCACCCAGCUGUCCGCCUGCCUGCACAGCCUUCAGGAUGCUGUUAAAGAGAUGUCAAAGCACUACAGCCAGAAGGCCAGCUUGGAGGGAGAGCUGUCCAAUGUCACAGAGAAGCUGCGCACCACCACAGAGUGCCUGUUGGGGUCCCUGGUUUCACUCAACAACUGCACUAGCAAGAUCGCCACCUUUUUCAGCAACAACCUGGACUUCUUCACGUCGUCGCCGGGCUACGGGCCAAGGGGAGGCCCGGCGACCCUUGACCCCCUGCAGGCAGAGAGCAUGCUGGCUAACAAGAAGAAGGCUGCGACCUACCUCCACGCCAUUCAAAAGCCGAGGCCGCAGUCGGUGCCAUAUAAGGAGGCUCUGGCUAACCGGCGUGUGCUGACUAGCUCAACAGAGAGCCGGGAAGGCCUCACCCAGCAGGUGAAUCAGAGCCAGGAGAAGAUCGCCCGCCUGGAGCAGGAGAAGGAGCACUGGCUGCUGGAGGCGCAGCUGGGCAAGGUGCGCCUGGAGAAGGAGAGCCAGCGCAUCGGGGAGCUGGAGGCCCAGCUGGCCGCCGCCGCCGCCGCCGCCAGGGGGGCCCCGGCCUCUGUUGCCCCGGCGACGGCUCUCCCCCCGGCCGACGCGUCCGCCCACGACCAGGACGACGCGGAGGCGGCGCCAAAGUGUCCCGGGACGGAGCCCACGACGAGCACCAGCCUGGUUGGCAUGCUAUCCACGACGUUCAGCACGGAGAAUGUGGGCGACGAGGAGUCCAGGGAGCAGCUGAUCAAGGACCACUACAUGGCCCGGGUGGGGGAGCUCACCUCCCAGCUGCAGGUGUCCGACAGCAAGGCCGUGCACUUCCACGCCGAGUGCCGGGCGUUGGCCAAGCGUUUAGCGCUCGCUGAGAAGUCCCGCGAGGCCCUGAGCGAGGAGGUGAAGGUGGCCAACCAGAACGUCACCCGGCUGCAGGACGACCUGACCACCACCAAGCGGAGCUACGAGGACCAGCUCAGCAUGAUGAGCGACCACCUGUGUAGCAUGAACGAGACGCUGAGCAAGCAGAGGGAGGAGAUCGACACGCUGAAGCUAGGGAGCAAGGCUAACGCCAAAAAGAACAAGGGUCGCUAGGGAGGGCAGGGAAUGCCCCCCCCCCCCCCCCCCCAACGCUGGAUCUGUCCUGCCCUCGCGGGGCGGGGCAUCUGGCCUGCGGAGGCUUCCCAUUGGCUGCCCGGUUUACAGGCUGGGAACAUCACAAGGAAUCCCUUCCACGUCCAACGUGGAGGUCGGCGAUGCAGAUGCAGACGGGCACAUGUCUUUAUGUCUACCAGAUGUCCUAUAUAGCUUUUUUUUUUUUCGUUUUUUUUUUCCACCACAGUUGUGACUGGAAUGGAAUCAUUUUGUAUGAUACUCGGUUUUGUGACGUGUGGGAAGCAGGCAAUUCUAGUUCCCUUCAGGGAAGGACGGGGAUGAGCUGUGAGUGAUGGUGAUGUUUUCCUGAAGUCCAGACUUGAAGACCAAACUCUGUUGACGUGUGUAUGUACUUUGUUUGCUUUCGUCGCGUGUGCGGAUGCGUCUGCGUCUGCGUGUGUAUGUGUGUGUGCGCUAAAGACGGCAAUUUGUAUUGUGUAACUGGACAUGUGCAAAUUUUAUUUGGUAGCAGAAUGUGUUUGCCUAAUCGUGAGCCUUCUCAAAGGACAAAUGAGGGGGCUUUUCUUUCUUAAUGACCGUGAACGAAAGGACACAUGUAAUUCUACAUAUAAUAUCCCUGUUAACAUUUGACCAACAAUUAAAUUACACUUGAUUACAUUUUACUCAAGACAAGUUGUGUUUUCCUUUGGGUUACACAACACUGGACGUACAAAUGUCAGUCCAAUACAAAUGUCAGUUGCUGUGAACUAGCCCUAUUGUGUCAGUUUUUAUCCCCAAAGGGUGUAUGGAUGUACACUAAACACUUGUGUAUAAUGUCAUGCUCCAUCGUGAAUGGAUUAAAAAAGGGUAAUUUUGAAUAUAAACACAUUUUAAGUCAUUAAA